AUGCAGGGUAAGGUAGCUCAAAUCACCCGGAGUCUCUCCGGGAUAGGCCAGGCUGUGUGCUAUUACUUUGCGCAAGAAGGCGCGACGAUAGCCUUUACAUAUGUGAAGGGUGAAGAGGAAGAAGAUGCACAGGAUACUUUGCCGAAGAUUAAGGAGCUGAAGACGGACGAAGGACCACGUGCCAUUGAAGAGAUAACAGAAGAUGGGCGGCUUGUGAGAAUGCACGCUCCGAAGCACGGGAAAGAAGGGAGCUCUAUAAUCAACACUACAUCAGUUCAAGCCUAUCCGGGCUCACCAUCAUCUCUGGAGUACCAGUCAACAAAGGGAGCCAUAGUUGCUUUCACUGGAGGACUGGUCACCACUCUUGGUUCUGUAACUCCAAUGGACAGGGCUGCACAGCCUCAUGAGAUUGCAACAUCUUAUGUUUUCUUAGCUUCCCAAGAUUCUUCCUAUUACGCCGUUCAAGUUCUUUACCCUAACGGUGGGAUGAUAGUCAAUGGAUGA